GCUAAGCGAUUACAGCCGCAGCCUCUCCGCAGAUCCAGCGAACAUCUGGAGCAUCUUUUCCAGCAGAAUCGUGUUGUUGCGGCUCACAACCUCCGGACUGGACCUGGACCCGGUCUGGAGGCUGCCUCGCUAAAUCCCAAAACGGGAGGAGGACGAUGGACCGCGCGGAACCAACAUCCGAGCCGUUCUAGGCCCGAUGGAAGCAAACUGGACCUGGGUUCUGGCUUCAGUCUGCAAUAAAGACUCCAUCACGGUUCGAUGUUUGGUGGCUCAAACGGAUUAAAAGCACCAGGAUCAGAAUCACUCUAGUCUGGAUUUGCCCUAGCUGGAUUUUAAAACGCAACUCUGACCAGGAUUACGCUGAUCCUGGUUCCGAGAGGCUCUGACUCGGACUGAGCCUGGUCCCAGACGCUGUACUGAUUGUGGUCACCAUGCCGACAUCUCGGCCCGGUUCGGAGCCGGUGGAGUUCUGGGUGGACGGUUCUAGGAGGGACGGGACAGUGGAGGAGUUCUACAAUCUGAGUUCCGAACUGGGCAGAGGAGCGACGUCCAUUGUGUAUCGCUGCGAAGAAAAGGAGAAGAAGAAGCCGUACGCCAUCAAAGUCCUCAAGAAAACGAUCGACAAGAAGAUCGUUCGUACCGAGAUCGGCGUCUUGCUCCGCCUUUCUCACCCAAACAUCAUCCAGCUCAAAGAAAUCUUUGAGACGGACACCGACAUCUCCCUGGUUCUGGAGCUCGUGACUGGAGGAGAGCUCUUUGACAGGAUCGUUGAACGCGGCUACUACAGCGAGAGAGACGCCGCCCACGUCAUCAAACAGAUCCUGGAGGCUGUGGCGUAUUUACACGAGAACGGCGUUGUGCAUCGGGACCUCAAACCGGAGAAUUUACUCUACGCUGACCUUUCACUGGACGCGCCGCUCAAAAUUGCCGACUUUGGUCUUUCCAAAAUAAUCGACGACCAGGUGACCAUGAAGACAGUGUGUGGUACACCAGGAUAUUGUGCUCCUGAGAUACUUCGAGGAAACGCUUAUGGCCCAGAAGUGGACAUGUGGUCAGUGGGAGUGAUCCUCUACAUUCUGCUGUGCGGCUUUGAGCCAUUCUUCGACCCACGGGGGGACCAGUACAUGUACAGUCGCAUCCUCAACUGUGACUACGAGUUUGUCUCCCCCUGGUGGGACGAUGUGUCGCUGAACGCCAAAGACCUGGUGAGCAAGCUGAUCGUGUUGGACCCUCGUAAGCGUCUGAGCGUGCGCCAGGCUCUGCAGCACCCCUGGGUGCUGGGCAAGGCGGCACGCUUCUCGCACAUGGACACCACACAGAGGAAGCUGCAGGAGUUCAACGCCCGCCGCAAACUCAAGGCAGCCAUGAAGGCUGUGGUUGCUACCAGCCGGAUGCAUGAGGGCUCUCGGCGUCGGACCGACAGCUGCGAGAUGGCCGCGUCCGCCACGUCCCGGCAGAGCAGUGUGCAGCAGGACACGCCCUCUGAGCCUACAGACCCUGCCCCCAAGGAUGAGGAGGCCACGCCCUCGGAAAGUCAAACAACACCAACGGACCAAAGGAGCCCCUCCCCUUCUCCGAGCCCCAAACCACUCAAGGCUGACGCUACCCCCACUGAGCCCGCCCCCACCAGACCACCGCUGCGGGCCGACGGACUGCGCCAGGCGUCCGUUGUCACAAAAUCCAUUCUGGUCCCACCCAGACCGCCCAAAAAAAGUUACACGAUGGUCCAACCCGCAACCAGGGGUCAGGCCACGCCCCCCAGUCCCAACAGCCUCAGUAAUGGCUUUGCAACAGGGGCGGAGCCUACCAGUAAGACCUCCCACUGCCAAUGAGCUCUUUCAGUUCAGCUCCCCCGACAGAGACGCUAACAUGUUAAUGUGCUAAAAGUGCGGCCCUGUCGUUCAGUGUGGGUGAAGAAAGUACUGCAUGGAUGCUAACAUAGCGUAGCUUCUGUAAAUAUACCUUAACCUCAUGGACAACGAACAUUUAAUUUGACUUAAAAGUGCAUGAAAUCAUAUCAACAACAUACAGCUAGUGUGCUAGCUAAUGCUAGUGACGCUGACAAUUGUUUGUUUGAAACGUUAAGAUUCUUAAAUGAUUGCAUUCUUGACGGCAUAGCUAGCAGGUUAGCGGUUUGCUAGCUUGCAGGAGCAUUCACUCUGAGGCCCAACAGCAACUUUUUGUGCUCAUGUUGUUUGUUGUGUGUUGCGAUCACCUUUUAACAUGCUCAUCUUAGUUUUGCUUAUCUUAGCAUCGACAUCCGAUUUCAGGAUGCUUCCUGGCUAUGUGGCAGCUGUAAGAGUCAAGGUUGCUAGGCAACAGAAGGUUCCGAUGUAAACAGGAAGUGAUUUCCAACAAGACCAUAGAUUAACUUCCGGGAUUCUACAAGAAUGAAUGCUUCACUUCUUCGCAUUAGAAAUGCUUUCGCUUAGCUUCACUUUAGCCAGUUUUGCUAAGCUAUGCUGAUGCUGCUGUGUUUGAAAUUUACGUUUUACGUUUACAUUUAUGCUCCAAUAACCAAACCUGGCCUUUGAUCUUUUGCUGUAGGUUAAAGGUCACAAUCCUAUUGACACAUGCGGGUUAGCUUAGCGAUAGCAACAUGCCACACUCCUUUGACUCCCAUGGUUACACGACUUCCUGUUUAUAAGAUGUGUGAUGCAUGCCGAAGUGGGUGGGGCUAUGUGUAAUAGUGUUUUUGUGUGGUCACAAGAUACAGACAGGAAGUGACAUCAGUAAAGUUUCCAUCGUUAGAAAUGA